AUGUUGGCUAUUUCUGCCCUGGCCAGUGGCGUCGUGUGUGACAACAUCCUCUCUACCAUCGGAUUCACCAACUGCGGCCCCAACGAGGCCAUCCAGGUACAAAGGGUGGAUAUCGCGUACAACCACGGAAACAAGACCAUCACGUUCGACGUCGAGGGCACCAGCACCAAGGUGCAAAAUGUGACGGCCGAGCUCCGGGUCACCGCCUAUGGAAAUGAAAUCUAUGCCAACACUUUCGACCCCUGCCAUCGCUCUACUUUUGUCUCGCAGCUCUGUCCUGUGCCCGAGGGAACCUUUGGUGCUCGCGGAGUGCAGGAGAUUCCCGCCGAAUUCGCCGAUAUGGUCCCGAAUAUCGCCUUCCAGGUCCCUGAUAUCGCCGCCCAAGCAACCCUGAAACUGAAUUCGAAAGAGGACGGUGGCGAGAGCGUGGCUUGCAUUCAGUCCCGGGUCACCAACGGCAAGACGACCGACUUGGCCGUCGUUUCGUAUGUCGCUUGCGGCGUUGCGGGUCUCGCCCUCAUUGCCACUGGCGUCUCCGCCCUGGGGGCUGUUCUGUCCGGCGGCGGCGCAGCGGCCGGUGGCGGCACGCCGAGCCCCAGCUUCACCGAGACGGUGGGCUGGUUCCAAGGAAUGGCCAUGAACGGCAUGUUGUCGGUCAACUAUCCGCCCGUCUACCGUAGCUUCACCAAGAACUUUGCCUUCUCCACCGGCCUCCUUCCCUGGUCCCAGUUGCAGCAGGGCAUCGACGACUUCCGCGGCGCCACCGGCGGCGACCUGACCAAGGACAGCUUUGAGCUCCUCCGGAAGACAACGCUCGUCUUCCCCGACGAGUCGACGUCCCAGAGCAGCGAGGGCUUUAUGGGCGCCAAGAGAGCGCUGCAGGACUUCUCCGUGCUCCUGGCGCGGCAAAUCGAGACGAGCGUGGGCGGCGAAGGCGGCGGAUCCGGCGGCUCGGACGACCUGACCAAGACGGUCGAGGGCAUCCAGGCCUACGUCGAGCAACUGAGCGUGCCGCAGUCCAACACGUUCAUGACCGUCUUGCUCAUUGUGGCCAUUGUCGUCGCGGCCAUCGUCGUGAGCAUCCUGCUCGUCAAGGUGGUACUGGAGUUCUGGGCGCUAUUCGGCAGCUUCCCCCAGAGCCUUGCCGGGUUCCGCGAGCACUAUUGGGGCUCCAUUGCCCGGGCCAUCACGUCGCUUAUCCUGCUCCUCUACGGCGUCUGGGUGCUCUACUGCGUCUUCCAGUUCACGCACGGCGACUCGUGGGCGGCCAAGACGCUCGCCGGCGUGACCCUGGCCAUCUUCACCGGCAUCCUCGCCUUCUUCACGUGGAAGAUUUGGUCGACGGCGCGCAAGCUCAAGCAGGCCGAGGGCGACCCGUCUGGGCUGUACGAGAAGAAGGAGAUCUGGGUCAAGUACUCGCUCUUCUACGACUCGUACAAGAAGGAUUACUGGUGGCUGUUCGUGCCGGUGAUCCUGUACAUGUUCGCCAAGGGCUGCAUCAUCGCCGCGGGCAACGGGCACGGCCUCGUCCAGGCUUCGGGCCAGCUCAUCGUCGAGGCGCUGCUGCUCGGCUUGCUGCUCUGGAAGAAGCCGUUCGAACGCCGUUCGGGCAACAUCAUCCACAUCGUCAUCCAGGUGGUCCGCGUGUUGUCGGUGGCCUGCAUCCUCGUGUUCGUGGAACAGUUUGGCAUCCGGCAGACGACACAAACCAUCACGGGCGUGGUUUUGAUUGCGGUGCAAUCUGCGCUCACCGGUAUUCUCGCUAUCCUGAUCAUCUGGAACGCCGUGGAGGCCUGCUGCAAGACGAAUCCUCACCGGAAGCGCAGGAAGGAAAUGGAGAAAAUGCAGCGCGACAUGGACACAUUGACACCGCUCGACGCUCGAAACUCGCUCCUUCUAGACCGAAAAGAUCCGGAGUUGGGACCCAACGGUGAGACGACCUUCUCGAUGGCCUCGACGGUGGAGAAGAGACAAUCGAUCAAGGCUCGGUCGGCUACUCCCGACGUGUACGACAAGGCAGCGGCGGCCACGUACAACAGCUACCGCCACAAGAACAGCACCAGCAACGGGAGCAACGGAUCUUACCGAGCGCUCACCACACAGGGCGCACCGAUGUAUGGCCACCAGCGCGACCAGAGCCGGGAAAACCUCGUCUCCGGGGCGGCGCCCGUGGGUCAAGAUCUUGAACGACAGCCGACUUUGCCCAACGUUGGGAGCGGCGGCUGGGAUUCUUCGUACGACAAUGGCGGGGCCGGAUAUUCCGGCUACAGGCAAUACCGUGGGUUUUAA